AUGAGACGAAUAUCAGAGAUACAAGAUUACGUCGGAAUUGAGAAAAUUAAGGAAGAAUUGAAAAUUAUCUUAGCUCAUAGUCAAGUAUUUGAAAAUAGUAGUAGUAGUAGUAGUAGUAGUGGUAGUAGUAGUGGUAGUGGUAGUAGUAGUAGUGGUGGUAGUAGUAGUAGUAGUAGUGGUAGUAGUAGUAGUGGUAGUGGUAGUGGUAGUGGUAGUGGUAGUGGUAGUAGUGGUAGUGGUAGUGGUAGUGGUAGUGGUAGUGAGGGUAGCCAUGAUGGAUUGAUGAGGCAUCCCAGGGAUUCUCAAGCUUGGAAAACUUUUGACUUGCUUCAUCCUGAAUUUGCUGCAGAUCCUCGAAAUGUACGGCUAGGCCUAGCUAGUGACAGUUUCAAUCCUUUUGGAGCAAUGGCAACAUACUGGCGAUCGUGA